UUGCUGAAAGCACGUUUGACGCGCAUGCGUGGGAAAAAAGUCUCGUCUAACACACUGUUCACUAACAUAUUUCCGAUAAAGGUUACGAUAAAGGUGAUAAACGAGACACACGCCUAAUCUGCCGUUGCUAUUACCUCAGAUAAAUGUACACGUCCAAUGAAGAAUCUAGUUUAAAUGAGAGUCGUAUCAAAUGUGUCUACAUAGAUAAAAUAGUGCUCGCUAACCACAAACCGAAACUGCAUGUAGCAUUUCAAAAAGCGAUCAAGGUUGUUUUUAAUAACUCGAGGAAGAAUAAUGUACAGAGUCUCUCUUCUGUUAUUAAUUCUAACCAUUCAAGCAGAUGGAUUCUGGGUUAAUAAAGAAAUGUGCCACAGAACGUAUAAACAGAAAUACCCCGAAGAUAAAAACAAUUAUAACACAACAGUUGGAUUUUUUAAUUCAUCAUUCAUUCAGUACUGCCCUUCCGAAGAGGUUCCUCUUGAUGAUGAUAUAAUCUAUGGUAUACAUUUAAACGACUAUGCACCAGAGCUCCCCGAUUUUCUUCAGAUUCUGUUUCCACCUCCUAAAAGAGAAUGCAUGUACGGAAUAACCUUAUUAAUUAACCCCUCGAUCCAAGAUGCAAAAGAAUGCUCCAACACUAGUUUUGAUCCAUACGACGACUGGAGAAUACACAGCACAGAGAUUAACGUAUGCGUUUUCAAGUAUGAAAAUCCAUCUGUAGAAAUUGGGGCCAAGGGGACAUACCUCUAUGAGGACAGUAUCGACGUAUGGUUUCGAUAUGCCUAUACGGGAUGCUACGCAGUUCGGUUUACCGUAAACUCCAAACAGAAAUAUGUAGUAAGCAACCCUAGAUAUUUGGUCACGAGUUAUCCACGAACGGAAGUUACGGUGCCGCAAUUAGUCUGUAGAUAUAAUGCACGUCCUAAUCCUGGAGAAAGGAAAAUGACGAAUUUUACGUUAGAUAUUUCGAUGCAUGCAGAUACAUAUCCUUCAUUUCUAGUGUCAUUGAUAUCGCAGCUGAAUAAAGAUCUAACAAAGGGUUGUUUAUGGGAAGGAGAACCACUAUUAUUCACAUGGAAAAUUGAUUUGGACGUUCAUCGUCACAAGACAGAAUUAACAGACAAACAUUGCGUUGUAAAAUUCGUGAAGACAGAAAAAGGAAAAUAUAAGAAGAAUAUAAGGUGUAAUUUUCAAUUAGAAGCGGAAGCUACAAGUUCUUGUUUUCUGUAUAACGUGAUUGACAAUCGAUGUACGUUUGGUACUGUAUGGAACCCUCCAACACAAAGUAAAUACACGCCGUGUAUGUGGGUAAUGCACUGCGAGCAAACUUUCGAGUCUUGGCGACACGUCGAAACUGUUAAACCAGAAGUACACCCAGACACGUUGCUGAGCGCAAGUUCGUACCUGUUGUUACCAGUUAUUGCCACUGUAUUACUCGUAUCGGCGGUAAUUGGAAUAUUAUGCUUCCGGCGUCAUUUGCGUAUCCGAAAGGAGGAAAUCAAUUUGUAUGUAAACCCGCAACACGAUGAUUCCAAUUGUCUCAAACCCACUGAUAUUAUUGAGUAUGAUAAUGAGAAGGAAAUCGGCCACGGUAAUCCUCCGUGCAACAAUAUCGUCCUUCUUUAUACCAACAGUUCGACGUCUUUCAUGGCAUUGAUGAAAUAUUUUCGUAAAACGCUCGUCAAGUUAUGCUCUUGCCCCGUGCACGAUUGGCACGACGGAGCCGUAUGGAACGAAGUGGCCAAAGUCGGCGCCGUUUCAUGGUUCACCGAGUUACUUAACAGUGGAUGUCGGAUCAUUUGGAUAGAUACGCCGGUUACGAGAUCCGCCAUUAUGUCGAAUUCGGGGGACGUCGAGUCGAGCUCGGAUAAGCUCAGUAAAUACUACGAGAUACACGAUUUCCGCGAUAUUGCAUUUCGCGGCGUACUCGAAGUGGCGAAGAGCAAGGUAAACGACGUCGCGCGACAGUACCGCAGACAUUUCGUCGUAAGGUUUGAAGGAUCAGAGAGCACGGCGAAUGUGGACGAUCCAUUUUUAGAUCUUUCCCCUCACGCGCGAUAUUAUAUGCCGCAGCAUCUCAUGCAAUUGUGUACGGACUUGUCGGUACUGAAAUCAGAAAUUUCUAAAUGUAAGACGAAGGUAGACGAGGACGUUUACCACAUUUUUGUCCACCAGCUUUAUAAGUCUCAGACGCAGCAACGUCUAAAAUCUAUAAAGAUGGUUUCGUCAACGUGAAAUGACCAUAGGUUAUUUUAAGAUCUCAUUAUCCAAAUCUCGCGCAGUGAGACUGUCUGACGCAACGAGACCUUAUUCGUGUUUUUCCUUAACGCGAAAUGUGAUUGCAAAAGCACAAAUUUGUUAUAAUAACAAAGAUACUACCUCAAAAUGUACGUGUAAAAAUUAUAUAGUGUAAUAUAUAGAUGUUUCUAAAUGUUUAUAUGUCUUCCAUCAGAAUUAAUAUUCGCAGCCAAUAAAUUGUCCAGUUUAUAUUUGCUAC